AUGGCGUCACUGUAUCAGAGAUUCACCGGCAAGAUCAACACGAACAACUCCUUCCCCAACCCUCCGGAGGCGAGCCACCUCCUCGGGCAGGGAGCCGAGGGGGAGAGGCCGGCGGAGAGCCAGCAGAGACCCCGGCUCCAGCACCAGUACUGCCGGCACAGCGAGGACGAGGAUGAGCUGGUGGGCAGUAACCCUCCGCAGAGGAACUGGAAGGGAAUAGCGAUCGCCCUUCUUGUCAUUCUGGUCAUCUGCUCGCUGAUCGUCACCUCCGUCAUCCUGUUGACACCAGGCGAGGACGACCGCCUGGCGCUCAAGGGCAAGGUGACUGUUGGCGACCUCUUCAGAAGAGACUUCAAGGUCCACGACCCCAACGCCAAAUGGAUCAGCAGUUAUGAGCUUCUGUACCGUAAUCGCGAGGGCGAUGUCGUCAAGUUCAACGUGGACACGGACGAGAAGACCAUCUUGGUGCAUAACAAGAAGUUUGAAAUGUACAAAGCCAGCAAGUAUGAGGUGUCUCCUGACAUGAAGCACGUGCUGCUGGCCUACAACGUUGCACCGGUGUACCAGCACUCUUACACGGCCUUCUACAUCAUCUGCAGUCUGGAGACUCCGGAGACCUGGAACUUGAAUCCUCCGGAGGUGCGAAAUGCUCAGCUGCAGUACGCCGGCUGGGGACCCCAAGGUCAGCAACUGAUCUUCAUUUUUGAGAACAACAUCUACUAUCGCUCUACCGUGGAGAGCCGCUCCAUUCGUCUGGUGUCGACCGGCAAGGAGGGCGUCAUCUUCAACGGGCUCAGUGAUUGGCUGUAUGAAGAGGAGAUUUUCCAGUCCCACAUCGCCCAUUGGUGGUCUCCAGAUGGUGCCAGGCUAGCGUACGCCACCAUCAACGACACCCUGGUGCCCAGGAUGGAGCUGCCCAUGUUCACGGGCACGCCGUACCCAAUGGGGAAGGAGUACCACUACCCUAAGGCCGGUGAGGAGAACCCGGUCAUCACUCUGUACGUCGUGAACCUGAACGGACCUCUUCACACCAUCGAGAUGAGACGACCUGAUGAUCCCAGGAUAGGGGAGUACUAUGUGACCAUGGUGAAAUGGGCCACCACCACCAAACUGGCCAUCAACUGGCUGAACCGAGCCCAGAACAUCUCCAUACUGACGCUGUGUGAGGCCACGACGGGGGUGUGCACAAAGAAACACGAGGAUGAAAGUGAAGGCUGGCUGCACAGACAGAAUGAGAAGCCUCUGUUUUCUAAAGAUGGGCUGAAGCUGUUCUUCACACGCGCCAUCCCUCAAGGAGGCCGAGGAAAGUUCUUCCACAUCUCCAUGUCCAUCUCCCAGCCCAACACCAGCACAGACACACUCCAGUCCAUCACAUCUGGAGACUGGGACGUCACCCAGGUCCUGGCCUACAAUGAGGACAGCCAGCUGAUAUAUUUCCUGAGCACUGAGGACGGCCCGAAGCGAAGACAUCUGUACAGCGCCGACACCUUCGGUUCGUUCAACCGCCGCUGCCUGUCGUGCGCCUUGUCCGACAGCUGUGCCUACGUCAGCGGCUCCUUCAGCCACAACAUGAGCUACUUCCUGCUCAACUGCCAAGGCCCGGACAUCCCGUUCGUAGCCGUCUAUAAGACCCAGAGAGACGGGGAGAGUGAGACGCAGGACAGAGAGAGUAUCGCAGAAGUCCACAGGCUGGAGAACAACGACAACCUGAUGCUGACUCUUGCCUCCAUGCAGAUGCCCACAGUGGAGUACAAGGAGAUCAACAUGGACGACUACACCUUGUCGAUGCAGAUCCUCAAACCGGCCGGCUUCGUGGAAACGUCACACUAUCCUCUGCUGCUGCUCGUCGACGGGACACCCGGUGGCCAGAUGGUGGCGGAGCAGUUCCACAUGGACUGGGCCACGGUGCUGGUGAGCAGCUUCGGCGCCAUCGUGGUGCGCUGCGACGGGCGAGGCAGCGGCUUCCAGGGCACCAACCUGCUGCACCGCAUCCAGAAGAAGCUGGGAGUGUACGAGGAGCAGGACCAGAAGGACGCGCUCAAUUUUAUUUUGAAAGAGGCCUACGUCGACAAAACCAGAGUUGGAGCUUUUGGAAAGGUGUACGGAGGCUACGUGACCAGCCUGUUGGUCAGCGGCGAGGACUCUCCUGUGAAGUGCGGCGCCGUCCUCUCACCCAUCACCGACUUUGAAUUAUACGCUUCUGCGUUUUCAGAGCGAUAUCUCGGGCUGCCUAAACCGGAUCCGAGAGCAUACUCGAUGGCAAAUUUGGCACACAGAGCGUCUCAGUUCAUGGAUAAGAAGUUUCUCAUCAUCCAUCCAACAGCUGACGAAAAAGUCCACUUCCAACAUACAGCGAAAUUCAUCUCCCAGCUCAUCAAUGAAAAGGCCAACUACACCUUACAGAUAUACCCGGACGAAGGCCACUUCAUCCACAGCGAAGCCACGAGGCAGCACCUCAGCCAGUCCCUGGUGAACUUCUUCGAGGAGUGCUUCAGGCUACCGGAGAUCGUGUUUGAGGAGGCGCUGGAGGAGGAGAGCGAGGACGAGGGUUAGCCUGGCCUCCCUCGUGCCCUGAAUCCUCCCCUGCUCAUACGUUUUCGCCUGCCCUGACCUCCAUCCCGUCCCUGUGCCCGAAGCACAACACUUGGCAUUCAGUCGUCCACGAUAUGCAACUCUCUCCUGCUCUUUGCUCAAUUUGGUUUUGCAUUUGGACUCCCCGUGUCCGCAUGCCGAACCUGAGACUGCCUUUUUCCAGCAGAUUGACGAUUGAUCUAAUUCUACGUCCAUCCUCCCUCCCUCCCCCAAUCCUCUGAUGCCCCCUCCAGAGUUCAGAUCUCAAAAGGCCGCCCCCCCCUUCUCCUCCGGAGAGCCGACACAGACUGACGACCAGUUUUUGGAAUAUACCGAAUGAUUUAACAGGAAGCAGUCUCCUUCACAGCGGGAUGGACCAGCUCCUCAAAUAGCGGUGGAGAGAAAAGCAUCGGCUCUCACGCAGACUUUGAAGCUGUGAGGACGAGGAACACCUUAUAGCACAUAACUGCUGGGCUUGUAUAUUAAUGAGAAUCAAGACGCCUGGUGGAAAAAACACUGGUUGUUCCUAACGGGCGUCUGGAAAUGUGCGGAAACAGGAAAUGUUACUAUUUUUAAAGUUGUGAAGAACUUUAAUGUUGGACUGUGGUUGUGUCUUUUGUUCUUACAGUAUGUAAAAUAGCACACGAAGCAUUCACUCGGCUUUUUACGAAUAUAUUUUCUUUUUUUUUGUUUGUUUGUUUUUUUUUGUUUUGCCCUGAUGCUGGUUUCAUCUCGUCGCUUCAUUUUUCAUGUGUUUCAGUGAUGCUGAAAGAAUUCUCCAUCUGGUAAAAAAAAAACAAAAAAAUGUCUGGAAGAGAAAAGUUUCUUAAUGUUCAUUUGACACAGUUUUAUUGUGAUGAUCCAGUUCUUUAGGAAAAAGAACAGGAAAAAAGAAAACAGAAGUGUCAACUUGUUUUAGUCACUGUGCCUUACUUUGUCAGAAAACAUCCUGCUGUGGGACUGCAUUUAUGAACUACAACGAGGCUAAUUUUACAAGAAUAGUUAGACAUUUUGGGAAAUUUGCAAUUCUCUUGUCGAGAGUUGGAGGACGUUGAUUCAAACUCUUAUCUGCCUGUUAAAUAUGGAGCUGCAGCUGGCUAGCUUAAUUAAACAGUAAGCCUGGCUGUUGCAGCUAGCUAGUCUAUUAGCUCAUGAUGAAGUUGUUACUUUGUACAAAAACAUAUUGUAAAAACUACAAAUUGCGGUAUUAUGGAGGACUUAACUCAAUAUUUAACAAAAAAGAUAUGACAGUGGUGUCAAUCUCUUCAUCUAACUCAAGACAGCGAAUAAACAUAUUUCCCAAAAUAGCGGCUAUUGUUUUAAACCUGUAGCUUGAAAUAGAAUAUUAUGUCAAAUGAACUCUAUUAAGAGCUACUCUCAAAAGCUUAUACUUGACUGAGAAACUGAGGAGAUUUCAAACUUCUUCCACUCUUUGGAAAGAUGCCCAAAUAGAUUAUUACACCGAGCUACAAUGUACAGAGUCUGCAUGCACCGUUGCUUUUAAGAUGUUAAAGAAUGGUAGGUGAAGAAAAUGUAUAGCCAGUCCAGAAACCACAGUGUGUGUUAAUCAAAGUGCUGUGUCACCUUACACUUGAAAUCACAGAAUACAUUAAUAAAGGCCAUUAGGAUUGGUGUCACACCCCGAAGAAAUGAUGCAUUUGUAUAUAAGGGUGAACAGUUGUGAUAUGAUGAUGAAUUCUUGAGGCACAAGUUUAAUUUUCCACUUCUUUUAUUUGAAUGGCCAUUUGUGUUACGUUUCAGUGCAUGUUGAAGAGGUUACUUGCAGCACUAUCCCCGCCCAUAGCUCAGCUCCACAUGGUAAUUUUGACAUAUUGAAUGUUCCGUACUGGAUUGCAUAAAUUACAUUUCCAGUAGUAUUGUGAUUGAGAUCCCAGUCUCGUCAGCUUGAUGUGUAAAUGUUAUUCAAAUAUCAUUUUAUUCUAAAGAGAAAAAAAAAGAACAUGAAAAAAGAAACAAUAUUACCUGAGUGUUAUUUGUGCAUAAAGCAUUUUGGAAGUUACAUUUGACUAUUCAUUUCCGUUCUCCUGUUGCUGUCCUUGAACUGAGUUGAUUGAAAGUGGACUUUAUAAUUGCCAAUGGCAACAUCGAACUUUCUUGCCAGUGGUUGAGGACUUUUUCAAGACGCUCAACUUUGUUAUCCAAAGCAUAGAAGGAGAUUGAUGUCAGACAUGUGGCAUGAAGGUAAAUGUUAGAAUAAAAAAAUAGAUAUUU